ACCCCCGGUUUUCGGUGUUACCGGGGAGGAAAUUCCCGUUGUCACUCCCGGUUUUCGGUGUUACCGGGGACCCGGUGCCACCCCCGGUUCCCGGUGCCGCAUUUUUAACUCGGGGGCGGUCGAUUCCCUUUGAGCCACCCCCGGUUUUCGGUACCAGCCCCCAAUCCCGGUGUUACCGGGGGAGGAUUCUCAUUACCACCCUCGAUUCCCGGUUUUCCCGGUCCCCAUCCCAUUUCUCGGUGUAACCGGAGGAGGAUUCCCGGUGCCCCCCCAUUCCCGAUUCCACCCCCAAUUCCCGGUUUUCCCGGUGCCCCCCCAUUCCCGGCAUUACCGAGGGAGGAAUUCCCGAUCCCACCCCCAAUUCCCGGUUUUCCCGGUGCCCCCCCCAUAAUCCCGGUGUUACCGGGGGAGCUUUUCCCGAUCCCACCCGCGUUUCCCGGUGUUACCGGGGGAGGUUUUCCCGGUACCCACCCCCAUUCCCGUUGUUACCGGGGGAGGAUUCCCGGUGCCCCCCCCAUUCCCGGUGUCACUGUGGGAUCUUUUCCCGGUUUUCCCGGUGCCCCUUUUCCAAUCCCGGUGUUACCGGGGGAGGAUCCCCGAUCCCACCCCCAUUCCCUGUCCCACCCCCGUCCCUUCUCUCCCACAUUCCCACCUCUCCAUCCUCUCCCCCACCCCCUCCCCGGUUUCCCCCCGCCCGUUCUCCCCGGUUUACCGGGGGGGGUGUGAUGGGCUCGGGGCGCUGCCGGUGGCGCUCCCGGUGGUGGCGGCGCGGUGACAAUGACGGUGCCGCUGCUGAAAAUCGGGGCCGUGCUCAGCACCAUGGCCAUGGUCACCAACUGGAUGUCCCAAACCCUCCCGUCCCUCGUGGGGCUCAACGGCACCGCCGUGUCCCGGGCCGGCACCUCGGAGAAAAUCACGCUGUUCCAGAGCCCAGAUGAGGGCUGGCAGGUUUUCACCUCGGCUCAGGCGCCGGAUGGGAAAUGUCUGUGCACGGCCGUGAUCCCCGUGCAGGGCUCGUGCCACAGGGACCUGAGGGGGAUCCAGCUCCGCCAGCUCCUGGAAAAGGUUCAGAACCUGUCCCAGUCCGUGUCCCUGCUGGAUCUCCGCACCUUCCGGGACCUGCAGUACGUGCGGGACGCGGAGUCGCUGCUCUCGGCUCUGGGCUCGCGGCUCCGCGCGGCCGCCGAGGGGCCCCGGGGGCUCAGCGCCCGCAGCUUCCAGGACCUGCAGCAGAAGAUGCAGGAGCUGCUGCCGCUGCUGCCGGUGCUGGAGCAGUACAAAUCCGACUCCAGGCUCAUCGUGCACCUCAAGGACGAGGUCAGGAACCUCUCUGGGAUCCUCCUGGCCAUCCAGGAGGAGAUGGGAGCCUACGACUACGAGGAGCUGCAGCAGCGAGUGCUGCUGCUGGAGGCCAGGCUGCACGCCUGCCUGCAGAAACUGGGCUGUGGGAAGCUGACUGGGGUCAGCAAUCCCAUCACCAUCCGCGCCUCGGGGUCGCGCUUCGGAUCCUGGAUGACCGACACGAUGACGCCAAGCGCUGACAACCGGGUAUGGUACAUGGACGGCUACUACAAGGGCCGCCGCGUGCUGGAGUUCCGCAGCCUCACCGACUUCAUCAGCGGCCAGAACUUCGUCCAGCACCUCCUGCCUCACCCUUGGGCCGGCACCGGCCACGUCGUCUUCAAUGGCUCCUUGUACUACAACAAAUUCCAGAGCAACGUCGCCGUGCGCUACCACUUCCGAUCGCGCAGCGUCCUGGUGCAGCGGAGCCUCGCCGGCGCCGGCUACAACAACACCUUCCCUUACUCGUGGGGUGGAUUCUCCGACAUCGACUUCAUGGUGGACGAGAACGGCCUUUGGGUGGUCUACACCACCAACCAAAACGCCGGCAACAUCGUGGUGAGCCGGGUGGAUCCGCAGACCUUGGAGGUGUUGAGGAGUUGGGAUACCGGUUACCCCAAGCGCAGCGCCGGCGAGUCCUUCAUGAUCUGCGGCGUCCUCUACGUCACCAACUCCCACCUGGCCGGCGCCAAGAUUUAUUUCGCUUACCACACCAACACCUCCAGCUACGAGUACACCGACAUCCCCUUCCACAAUCAGUAUUCCCACAUUUCCAUGCUGGACUACAACCCGCGCGAGAGGGUUCUCUACACCUGGAACAACGGCCACCAGGUCAUCUACAACGUCACGCUCUUCCACGUCAUCAGCACGGCCGGAGAGCUCUGAUGGACCUGCACAAUUCCUGGGGCUUUGGGGGGGUUUUUUUUGUUGGUUUUUUUCUUUUUUUUUUUGUUUUUUUUUUUUUUUUUUCCGAUGCUUCCGCGCUUCUCCUUUCCGAGUUGGAAAUUCCCGAGCUCGAAUUCGGUUUUGGUGCCAUUAUUCUGCUCCUGGGUUGAGUUUUUCCUCCUUUUUUUCAUUUAUUCCUCCUUUUCUUCCUUCAUUUUCCCUCUCUUUUUCCCCUUUUACCCAUUUUUUCACUUUCCACCUUUUUCGCUUUUUCCCUCCCUUUUUUCCUUCUUUUUCGCCCAUUUUUUUCCUCCUUUUCUCCAUUUUUCUCUCUCUUUUUCCCACUUUUUCUCCAUUUUCCUUCCCCCAUUUCCCAUUCAUUUCCCCCCUUUUUUCCUUCUAUUUUCCUCUUUUUCACCAUUUUUCCGUCCCCCUUUUCUCCUUUUUUCCUCUUUUUCCCCAAUUUUUCUCAAUUUUUUCUUCCCACCUUUUUUCCAUUUCCCUCCCCCUUUUCCCCUCCUUUCCUUUCUUCCCCUCACUCCAUUUUCCCUUCUAUUUUUGUGCAACUCACUAGAUUUUUUUUUUUCCCCCAGAUUUUUCCCCAAUUCCAUUUUUUAAAUUCCUCCUCCCCCACAAUUCUUCUGGAAUUCCAUCGGAUUCAUGGCGCAUGGAGCUGCUCUGCCUUGGGGUUUUUCCAUUAUUUUUUUCUUUUUUUGGGAAUUUUGGGGCAAAAUUCCAUCUUUAUUUCGACGGCAAAUAAAAAAUAAAAAUUAUCUCCGGC